UGUACGACCGCCCAAGCUUUAUUCGCACGGAAUUUCCGGCUGGCAUUCGUUCGAUUCGAUUCUCGACGCGAUCCGACGUUUCAUAAUGUGGAGCAGGAAAUGUCGCAGCACGAGGCGGAGGCAAUCAAGACCGUCGAGGCUCGAGUGGAGGUGGUGAAGUCUAUGGAGCGGCUGUACGCUGUGCCAUCGGAAAUGCUGCGCGUUUGGUCGGUUUGGCUGUCGCAAAUCGGGAAUAUUGCCGACGAAUGGCAGAAAUGGUUACGUGCUCACAUCGAUCUCGUCGUAAGGAUCGCGAAACAGUUGGAGGCAAUGGAGAACGCCAGUCUCGAGGAGAAGGAAGAUGAUAAGCCAACGAAAGUUUCUAGUCAGCCGGAGUACCCCACCAGCGACUCCAUCGAUUCUACAGAAGCAACAGUUAGUUCCAGCGUCUACGUAGACGCGCUGGGGGACGAAGACUCGACCGAAAUCGCUAAAAACAAGGAUAAUCGUGCCGACGAUGAGGAUAAUCGUGCUGACAAUGAGAACAAUCGUGCUGACAAUGAAAAUAAUCGCACUGCUUCCAAUAAUGGCGAUGUUCCAAUGGAGCAAUCAGAUGCAUCCAAGGUCACUUUGACACCAGAAUUGGAAUCGUUGACGAGUUGGCCGAUCGGGACGCCAUGGCAGGGUUCAGGCAAGGAAGAGGAGGUUGAGGAGGAGGAAUUCGAAAAAAUACCAAUACCCCAGAGCGAGGAGGAGAUGCAAGAGUUCCUGAAGAAAUUCAUGCACGAGGCAACCAUUUAUAGAUCUUAUUACAAACACUGGAGGGAGACUGCGGAUCAGGCGACAAAGGUAAUUGGAGGCAGAUUCGUGAUGGCCACGUUUAUAGUGCAAGGAAAGGGCAAGCGAGUUGGGAAUAACUCACGAAAGUCACGAGGGUCUCGGAAAAUGUCAAACAAAAAAUCACCUUCGGUCGCGACACCCACGACAGAGGCACCCGAACAAGAAUCGACAGAAUCGAAGGACGAGGACGAGGACGAGGACGAGUCUGUCACGGAGUCUCCGACUGUCAUCGAAGUUGCACCCAGUGCCUCGAAGUCAAAGACAGAGGAACCUUCGAACGAAACGAUCGAGCAAAUAGUCGAGAAACCGAACGAAUGGCAAGAGGCUGAUGAUUUGUUGAGAGACUGUGCACGCGCAGCUGAGCCAAUACCGUAUUUCUUCUAUUUGAAAGCAGAACCGGACAUCGAGAUAGCUUUGGAACACGACGACGAAGAAGUUAUACCGGCCGAUACCGAUCGCGAGAACAUUGUUAGCAAGGACGAACGUAUUUCGUACAAUCUUGCUGAAAAACCGUUGAAAGGGGGGAAACCGUGGAUAUAACAGUGGAAAACAAAAUUAUGGUUAAUUAAUGUCUAACGGGACGCUGUUUUAUGCAAUAUAAACGAAUACAAUAAAGAAAAAUGUCCGAAUAAAAAACACUUAAACGAUAAAACUGUAGAAACACGUUUGAAGUGAACGCUGAAACGUUUGAAAUAUUGUUACAUUUAAACCGAUACUCAUUUCAGACUAAUUUUCUCCCCUUUAAUAGACUCCGGAUACUCGACAAGUCACUACUGAAUUUACAAACGAGACCGGUGUAUAAAUUUUAAGAUGUUUCCUUACAGCGAAGCAUCCAGUUUCUAUGAAUCAUUAAACGAACGAAAUUGCACGGGAAAACCGUCGCGAGCAUGGCAGAAGGUAAUUGGCGAAUAUUUUUGAUCCGAAGCUGAAAUUGCAUUCAGCACGGGAGACAUCCUGAAAAUAACGAACGAGCUGCAUAUUAAAAGAUAAUAAACCGAAAUCGAGCGCAUGAAAAUAUUUGCCAAGCUACGGUACCAAUAACGCGGACGAUUCGUUCGUUGAUCCUAGUGUCGAUAUCUCAGCAGCGCCGAACCAAAAUAAGUAUACAUAAUAAGACGAGAUAAAAAUUUGUCCGCGCUAUAAAAUGACGAUCUAACAUCAAGAUUUCGGCUUUCGAACAUUCCUCGCCCAAGUCACUGAAUGCUUCUGCUCGAUUUUACGACCACUCCGAGACUACGGACGCGAGUCGAUGAUUCUUUUCCUGACUGGUAAUCCGAUAAAAAUGAAACUGUCCGAGUACAGCAAGAAGAACGAAAUCUUUCACGACGCGAGACAGGCAAUCUUCGAAACAAAAUUUCGGUUACCGUUCGUACGGUAGCGCCCGCAAUAAAAUCCGUCGCUAGGAAUAUGGAAACAUAAAAUUCGAAACUGGCUUCCCCUGUUUUUCGCGUAGCCCGUCAGUCCGCCGCCUGUCCCGACAGAUUCACCAUCAGACGACAGGUAUCCCGUGUACCACCCAUCCCUGCCCCCCUUCUCCAGGGACAAACUCAGCCCGCGUGCAUUUGGAUUCCGCGUAAUAUCUGCAUCCGACAUCAAAGACGAUGGCUUCUGUCGGAGUCA